AUGGAAGAGGACGUGGCGGACGCCCGCAGCAAGAGACGGUGCACCCGCCGUGGGAAUCAAGCAUCGGGUCAGCCAUCGGCGGUCCACUACGUCGGUUAUGUCGAGGAUGAUGAGACUCCGGAGAUGAUCAUGGCCAAGUUCGAGGCCCUUGAUCGUAUACAGGCCAGCUCACACAGCCCUGGGGAGGAGGGGAAGGCAGGGAAUGUGAAUACUGUCGGCCUGGAGAUCCUUGCUGCAGUGGAGGAGAGGAGCCGAGACGGGUGUUUGACAGAUGCACAGCUCUUGGAAGUUUUCAAACAGACAUCCAUAUUCAAUGUCAAGACCGCCCUGGCUGACAACGAGGCCCUUCUCAGCAUAGAUGACCUUCUCUGUCAAUAUGCGGAUAGGUAUGGUUCUGACGAGGAAGUAUCAGAUGAUGAGGACUGGAUCCAAACAUUCUGGUCUGCAACUGGGUCGUCAGUGGAUGGGCAGGAGAAGCGGGGUCCUCUAGUCUCCUACGACUCCUGGCUGAAAUGCAAGGCCGCAGCAGCCACAUAUGAGAUGGUGAGCUGGGGCUUCAUGUAUAUCGAAAACCUGACAUGGGUUUACCUUUCCCCAAAUCAUACUGUAUCUCGGGAGGAGUCGCCCUUCUUUGCCUCCUCCCACCUAACUCUGUACAUGUUUCGAUGGGCAGACCGCGGACGCGAGAUGGAGCUGCGCCACCAGCGCAACCCAGACGUGCUGUUCGACUGCUGCUUGCCCAUCGCAGGAUCACCCUGCCAUGCGGUGCCCCAGGCAGUGUACGACACGAUUGAGACGCUGCUGCCUGGCGCCAAGGAUCGCUUCCUAGAGCUGUGGGCGGCCCAGGGGUCGGCCCGGCCAGGCUGGACGCAGGCAGCCUUUGCGCUUGACGGUGUCUGCACCUGA